CGAGGCGCUGCGGGGCCGAGGAUGUGGCGGUGGGAUGCGCGGGUGGCGACGCUCUUCCAGAGGAACCUGCAGCCCACGCUGACCUACUGGAGCGUCUUCUUCAGCUUCGGCCUGUGCAUCGCCUUCCUGGGGCCCACCCUGCUGGACCUGCGCUGCCAGACCCAGAGCUCCCUCUCGCACAUCACCUGGGUCUUCUUCUCGCAGCAGUUCUGCCUGCUGCUCGGCAGCUGCCUGGGAGGCGUCUUCAAGAGAACGUUGGCUCAGUCCCUGCUGGCCCUUUUUGCAUCGUCGCUCGCGAUCUCUGUGGUUUUUGCCAUCAUCCCCUUCUGCCACAAUGUGGUGGUGCUGGCAGUUGUCAUGGCCAUGGCUGGGCUGGCGAUGGGAUGCAUUGACACUCUCUCCAAUAUGCAGCUGGUGAAGAUCUAUCAGAAGGACUCCGCCGUCUUCCUGCAGGCCCUCCAUUUCUUCGUGGGCUUUGGUGCCCUGCUAAGCCCUCUGAUAGCUGACCCUUUCCUGUCAGACACCAACUGCAUCUUGACAAACAUCACGACCAACGGUAGCAGCAAUCUCCCUCACAUCCGGAAGUCACUGGUCCCACAUCAUCCUGGAAACUUGUCACACUAUGACCUGCCCACGAAAGGACUUGUGGUGACACGAGUCUCUUACGCCUUCUGGAUUAUGGCCUUGAUCAACCUGCCUGUCCCCUUUGCGGUGUUUCUUUUGCUCUACAAGGAAAGGCUGGUGCCCUGCUGUCAGAGCAGCAGCCCCCCACUGCUGCUGGCUGAUGAACUGGCGAUGGAGACACGGGCAGCCGACAAGGAUGAUUCUUCUACUUCCUCUCCUAAAAUUCAGCCAGAAAUAGGGCAUGGUGACCUCUUUGGAUGCUGCCAAAGCAAGAACUUCAGAGGAGUACCUUGCUCUUACUUUGCUGUCCACGUGACUGGAGCCCUUCUCCUCUUCAUGACUGAUGGGAUCAUGGGCGAGUAUUCGGGCUUUGUGUACAGCUAUGCCGUGGAGGAACCACUCUCAGUGGGACAUAAGAUGGCUGGAUAUCUGCCCAGCCUCUUCUGGGGGUUCAUCACAAUGGGCAGGCUCAUCUCCAUCCCAGUGUCAUACAGGAUGAAACCAGCAACCAUGGUUUUCAUCAAUGUGAUUGGAGUGCUUGUCACCUUCUUCCUGCUCCUGAUCUUUUCCUCCAGCGUGGUCUUCUUGUUUGUGGGGACUGCAUCUUUGGGCUUAUUCCUCAGCAGCACUUUCCCCAGUGUGCUGGCUUACACAGAAGACAUCCUCCAGUACAGAGGCUGUGCCACCACUGUGUUGGUGACGGGAGCAGGACUUGGAGAGAUGGUUCUGCAGUUGCUGGUAGGAUCGAUCAUUCACGAUCAGGGCAGUUACAGUUUCCUGGUUUGUGGAGCCAUCUUUGGAGCAUUGGCCUUCACUUUCUACGUCUUCCUUUUAUUUUUCCACAGGAUGCACCCUCAGCCCCAAUCAGAUGCGGAUCUGUCACCUGACAAGCCGCCACCUGCGGGGGAGCCUGAGCUUUAUCAGAGCUAAAGGAAGCAUCACCUCUGUAAUCGGACCAAGCACAGUGUCACUAUGAAUGAAAGAUUCGCUCUCACCACCUGGCUAAACUACCUGAAUUUUUUUUACAAUGAGACUUUUGGGUUCCUACUUGUUCCUAGCAAAGAAGCGUUCAUGGUUAUCAGGGAAGGCUCACUGCAGCGUAAACCAAGGGACUGAAGCUGCCGAAUCCUAGAAGGGCUGAAUUUUUGAUAUGGAAAUCUAAUUUCUCUGGUAAAGAAAUUUGUGGAGGCAGGUGGUGAACAAGUGUACUGCUGUCACUUUUUACAUGCUGUGGGGCACCCUCCUUAUAUUCACUCUCACUAGGAGGCCUCUCUCUAUACAGCCCUCCUAAUUUGGUAACCCUUAAGCAGUUUGCUGCAGAGGAAUUUUUUUAAAAAAAUUCUGUAGCCCUACU